ACGCCUAGCACGGCCGCGGAGGCAAACAAUUUCGCUCUUUUAACUCGCAUGAAUCCACCUGCGCAUCCGAACCGCAGAUAUCCAAAUCCGUUCUUAUUGCUUUCGAUCCCCUUCCUUUCCUUUGCUGCAUUUGCUGCUGUUGUCAAGUACAGGGAGUCGACCAACCCCGCGUCUAAGAGGCCAAGACAGCAUCCUAACCCCCUUAUUCCACCAGUCCAGAAAGAACAGUAGAUCAUAAUGCCUAUUUUAAACAAGAUCGCAGACGCCCUUCAUUCCCACGGGCCAAGGAAAGUGGUGACAUCCCUAAACUACCUCAUCCGGCGACGUUUGACCAUACAAAAGUUAUGGUGGUUUAUGUUCUUGGUGGGCCAGGGGCAGGCAAGGGGACUCAAUGCGCGUCACUCGUCAGCGAAUACGACUUUGUUCAUCUCUCAGCUGGAGAUCUUCUACGAGCCGAACAGAAACGAGAAGGUUCUCAAUAUGGCGCACUGAUUGCUGAGUAUAUUCGCGAAGGCCAGGUUGUGCCCAUGGAAGUUACGAUCAAGCUGUUAGAGAACGCUAUGAAAGCCGCGUUCGAGGAACGAAAGAACAGCGAUCAUUCAGGUUGGACUAAUGGGAAAGGCCGAUUCCUUAUUGAUGGGUUUCCGCGAAAGAUGGAUCAAGCUCUCAAGUUUGACGAGGAUGUCUGCCCAGCUUCCUUUGUGCUUUUCUUCAAUUGCCCAGAGCAGGAACUCCUCAAACGAUUAUUGGAACGUGGCAAAACAAGCGGACGCACCGAUGAUAACGAAGAAUCGAUCAAGAAGCGAUUCAAAACAUUCAUUGAAACGAGUAUGCCAGUGGUCGACCAUUACCGGGCAGAGGGCAGGGUUGUUGAGAUCGACGCCACACCACCGGUCGAAACCGUGCACACCGUGGUACGUGCGGCCAUGGAUGCCGCCUUUGCGGUUGAGAAAUCGAAAACCUUAUAAUAGUAGGUAGUGGAUCACUAAACCUUGAAUCAUAUUUCAGGCCCAAUGAAGGGAUCGAGAACCCUAUCUUUGACCGCGUGUCCGAUUCGCUUAGUUCCAUGCAUUUGGGGCAAUGCGUGUUGCACAGCCAGAAAGUGGUUACGUAAAUAUGAAGGUGAGUAUGAAGCCCUUUCCCAGAAACAUGAGAAUGGAAAGGAGUGUGUGUUGCGCGCGGCUGAGAGUUCUAGAAUGUGGUUAUGAUUUGACUCUGGCUCAAAAAAGUAACAAAGUGGAGUCAGGGCCGAUACAUCGGACGUGCAUGCAGGUUAUCCCAACCAGCGACAAUAUUGGAGACAAGCGAAGGUUUUUGGUGGCUGCACUUCUGCGGGAUCAUGCAUGAUCAGCGCCGCCGGUGAAAAAGAC